AGAGCCAGUCGCCGCCCACAGGUGGCGCUUGGUUGUGGCUCUUGGUUCUUCUGUUUAUAGCAUUCUUUCCUACAGCGCCUGUGCGUUCAGGAGUGUUGGCUGUAUCUAUAGUAUUCCUCCUCUUUUUGCUCUUCAUCUGGAUAGCCCAGAUAAAUGAAUAUCUAUCUAUGAAUAUCUGUGCCUUGUCUUCAACUUACAAGUUAAAUGUAGCCAAUACUUUCUUUUUCUUUGGAGGUAGACUCACUGUAUAGCUCUGCGGGGCUGGAGCUCUGUGAAGAGAGGCAGGCCAGGAACUCACAGAUCAGGCAACCCCUCCCUCCCUAGUCCUGAGAUUAAAGGUGUGAGUAGUCAGGCCGGCCUCAACAAAUGCUUCUCUAAGCACGGUUUCAAUUCAGUUAUGUAACAAGAUUAAAAAAAAAAAAGGCUCAAUUUAUCCAAUUUAUCAGCAGCUGAUAGCAUUAGUUUCUCGGGCCUGCAGCCAGGGAGAGUGUGGAGCUGCAGGAAGAGGCGACAUUUGUCUUCCCUUUUAUAAGCUGAAGCAUUCAGGUUGAAAAUGUGAUGUAAAUCCUUGUUUUGCUGUCCUUCACACCCUAAAGGGUUUUUGUUUUGUUUUGUUUUGUUUUUGUUUCAAAUGUUUACCUUUCCUCUAGCCAGGAAAUCAUUUUGUCUGCUCACUUCAUCUCUGAAAAGUUAUAAGGCUGAGCUGGCCCCUUGGCAGUCUGAAGGCUGUCCAGGGUUAUUGGAUUAUUUCAAGUAUACUUGAGUAAAAAUACAUCUUAGAUAGAUAUAAUGUAUACACACACGUGUAUAAACCCAGGGAGUCACCUCCUCCCUCUGCCUUUGUCUCCUGCUCUUUUGCUCCUUCUUUGGUAUUUGUACUCACUUUUACUAGCAGUGUACUGAAACAGCAACAACAACAAAAGCGCAUGCCAGUCUUAAAGGAAGACUUUACGUUUUCGAGGUGUCUGGCUGUGUGAACAGCUGGCUGGAGCACACAGAGUGCCACCCUAGUCUCCUUGUCUUCCCGAUGAUGAGGGACCUGAUCCUCCUUUUUACCUCCCGUGGCCCUACAAAUGAUAACUGCAGUCAUAAAUAUUCCCCCUUUUUUUUAAUUUUUUUUUUUUUUAAGAUAGGGUGUAUCCCUCUCUGGCUUGGAACUCACAUGGUAAACCAGGCUGGCCUUGAACUCACAGAGAUCCUCCUGCCUUUGCAGUCUGGGCACUGGGUAUAAAGAGUUGACUGAACAGCAGAAGGAAUUUCAAAUAACUGCUCGAAAGUUUGCCAGAGAGGAAAUAAUCCCAGUGGCUGCCGAAUACGACAGAACUGGUGAAUACCCGUUCCCUCUAAUUAAGAGAGCCUGGGAGCUUGGCUUGAUCAACACACACAUUCCGGAGAGUUGUGGUGGUCUCGGACUGGGAACUUUCGAUGCGUGUUUAAUUACCGAAGAGCUGGCGUAUGGGUGUACAGGGGUGCAAACUGCCAUUGAAGCGAAUUCUCUGGGGCAAAUGCCUGUGAUUAUUGCUGGAAAUGAUGAACAAAAGAAGAAGUAUUUGGGGAGGAUGACGGAGCAGCCAAUGAUGUGUGCCUACUGUGUUACGGAGCCCUCAGCAGGCUCUGAUGUGGCUGGCAUUAAGACCAGAGCAGAGAAGAAGGGAGAUGAGUACGUCAUCAACGGCCAGAAGAUGUGGAUAACCAACGGCGGGAAGGCUAACUGGUAUUUUCUUUUGGCACGCUCAAACCCAGAUCCUAAAGCACCUGCUAGUAAAGCCUUCACUGGGUUCAUUGUGGAAGGUGACACCCCAGGGAUACACAUUGGAAAGAAGGAAUUAAACAUGGGCCAGCGAUGCUCCGACACAAGAGGAAUCACCUUUGAAGAUGUCAGAGUACCUAAGGAAAAUGUGUUAAUCGGUGAAGGAGCUGGUUUCAAGAUUGCCAUGGGGGCUUUUGAUAGAACCAGACCUACAGUAGCAGCUGGCGCUGUUGGGCUGGCCCAGAGAGCUCUGGAUGAGGCUACAAAGUAUGCCCUGGAGAGGAAAACAUUCGGAAAGCUGCUCGUAGAGCACCAAGGAGUUUCAUUUCUGCUCGCAGAAAUGGCGAUGAAAGUUGAACUCGCUAGACUCAGUUACCAGAGGGCAGCUUGGGAGGUUGACGCCGGUCGCCGGAACACAUACUAUGCAUCUAUUGCGAAGGCCUUUGCCGGAGACAUCGCCAACCAGUUAGCUACGGAUGCUGUGCAGAUUUUCGGAGGCUACGGAUUCAACACAGAAUACCCUGUGGAAAAGCUGAUGAGGGAUGCCAAGAUCUAUCAGAUUUAUGAAGGUACUGCACAAAUUCAGAGGCUGAUCAUAGCCCGUGAGCACGUUGAAAAGUAUAAAAAGUAAAGGAAAAUUGCCACUGAAAGAUGCUUCGUUCUCAGUAACUAAAGCUCAAGCACUGUUUAUGCUUCAGAGAAAAACUAAGGCUUUUCUGUCUCCCCGAGGAAAUCAGAAGAAAGAUGAGUAUUAUGGGUCUGUACAAUUUAUUCCACUGGUGGAGUACUCCUCUCUUGAAGUUGGAGACUCUCUCCCGAUGGCUUGGGCCUGUUGAGCGGCGAGUUGUCCCCAGUGCCGCUACCCCUCAGUUGUGUUCAUUGGCUGUGUGAUCUCCUAAGCACAGUGGAACAUUCAUGCUCAUGCAUGUGACAGGACUCUAACACACACUGAGACGUGGGGCAGAUUUGGACCCAUCAGACUCCAAAGACUAAGCAACAUGUCCAUGCUGAUGUGUUCAUUUUAUAAUGAUUUAAAGUAGAUUUACUUGGUUUUGCACAGAAGAGUAAAGAAUCAUAUAUUCAUUUUCUUCCAUUAUAAAACUAAAAAAUUUUCUGGAAAAUCUUAAUACUGAAUCAACAUUUCACCUGUCCUGUUUAAAAUAAAGCUAACCUUAAAUUA